GUGUGUGUGUGUGUGUGUGUGUGUGUUUUGGGUACAGGACAGGAGCUCCGUCUCUCUGCACAGUCCGAGCUCGGAGCAUCAGCGAGUGGCGGAGAGGAUGCGGGACGGCGGUGUGUGUGUAGCGGAUCUACCGGGCGUGUAAAAAGCAGGACGACAUGAGUGUGACAUCUGAACUGAACGCUAUUAUUGUCGGCAUUGUUGGAUUUUUUUUUUCACCGAGUGAAUCUGGACGUGGAUCUGCAAUGGAGCGUCGAUCCUGUGAGAGCUGCUGACCGUGUGUGUGUGUGUGUGUGUGUGUUAGUGAGCUAAUAUUACAGACAAUAAUGAAAGGAGAUUAGCCAUUAGGCAUAGACACAGCUCAGAAUAUCUUGGUAAUUAGUCGGUUUUUUCUAAGGGACUGUGGCUAUUUUCCUUUUAUGAUAUAAUCAGGUAGCAUUACUGAAUGUGUUAUUAAUUAUUUUAAAAAAUCAAUGGUUACACAAUUUGCUGGCAGACAGCAGGCUGAUUAAAGGCCUAUUUUGAUUGUCAUUUUAUAAAUUGUCCUUUUGUUGGUUACAACGAGAGAGGCAAUCAUGUCUAAAAAUAAGAGCAGCGAGUCAGUGAAGGUGGUAGUUCGAUGCCGGCCCUUGAACCGGAGAGAGGAGUCCAAUGGGCCUGCAGGCAGCAUCGUGAAGAUGGACAUCCGGCUCGGACAGGUGAUCCUCAGAAACCCUCGAGCCACAGCCAGCGAGCCCCAGAAAACAUUCACAUUCGAUGCAGUUUAUGAUGCAAACUCCAAACAGCGAGAUCUGUACGACGAGAGCGUGAGACCUCUGAUAGAUUCGGUUCUCGCAGGGUUCAAUGGCACAAUAUUUGCGUACGGACAAACCGGAACUGGGAAGACGUACACCAUGAUGGGGGCGUGGAUGGACCCCGAGAAACGUGGCGUGAUCCCCAACGCUUUUGAUCACAUCUUCACACACAUCUCCCGCGCACAGUCUGAUAGGCAGUACCUGGUGCGGGCGUCCUACCUCGAGAUCUACCUGGAGGAGGUUCGGGAUCUCCUGGAUCCGAACCACGGGAAUGCCAGAGCCCUGGAGCUCCGGGAGAAUCCGGACUCUGGGGUUUACGUUAGUGACCUCACAUCGUGUGUCUGCAAGAGCAUCAAGGAGAUCGAGGAGGUGAUGAACGUGGGCAACCAGGCGAGGGCGGUUGGGGCGACGGACAUGAACGAACACUCGUCCCGAUCCCACGCUCUGUUCCUGAUUACAGUAGAGUGCAGCCAGCCUGGACCAGAUGGGAGGAAGCACAUCCGGGUGGGACGCCUCAAUCUGGUGGAUCUGGCUGGAAGUGAGCGUCAAGCGAAGACAGGCGUCCAGGGUGAGCGCCUGAAGGAGGCCGCCAAGAUCAACCUGUCCUUGUCGGCGCUGGGGAACGUGAUCUCAGCGCUGGCCGAUGGGCGCAGCAGCCACGUCCCGUACCGAGACUCCAAGCUGACCCGGCUUUUGCAGGACUCUUUAGGCGGGAACGCAAAAACUGUCAUGGUCGCCACUUUGGGCCCGUCCCCGCAGCACUACGACGAGACCCUCACCACUUUACGUUAUGCCAACAGGGCCAAGAACAUCCAGAACCAGCCCAGAGUCAACGAGGAUCCAAAGGACGCUCUACUGCGAGAGUUCCAGAUGGAGAUCGCUCGUCUCCGGGCUCAGCUUCAUCACAGGAAGUGGAGGAGCAAACAGAAGAAGGAGCAGGUGGACGGAGAGGACUGGGAAGGAGAUGGGGAUGAGGAGACGGAUGGCGAGGAGGAAAAGGCGGUGGAGGAGUACGUGAAGCUGGAGGAGCAAAGACUGGAAAGGGAGAAACAGGACAUCAGAGAAGAUCAGUUCAUGUUGGCUGAUGAGAAGCAGAGGCUCCUGGGAGAGAAGGAGAGGAUGAUGGGAGAUCUGAGGAAGGAGCAGGAGGCCACAGAGCAACUCACCGCCAAGUACAAGGCAAUGGAGAGCAAGCUGCUUGUCGGUGGGAAGAACAUCAUGGAUCACACCAACGAGCAGCAGAAGAUGCUGGAGAUGAAGAGGCAUGAGAUUGCUGAGCAGUCGAGCAGUGAGAGGGAGAUCCAGCAGCAGAUGUUGGUGCAGGACGAGGAGACGGUGGAGCUCAGAGAGACGUUCACCUCUCUGCAGCAGGAGGUGGAGGCCAAGACCAAGAAGCUCAAGAAGUACCUGAAGCUGUAUGCCAAGCUUCAGUGCAUUAAAGCGGAGAUCCAGGACGUGAACGACGAGCACGUGAGGAGCCGGCAGGAGCUGGAGCAAACCCAGAACGAGCUCACCAGAGAGCUCAAGUUCAAGUAUCUGAUCAUCGAGAACUUCAUCCCUCCGGAGGAGAAGAAUAAGAUCAUGAGCCGACUGAACUUCGACACCGAGGAGGACCAGUGGAAGUUUCAGCCUCUGGUUCCCGCAGAAAGUAAAUCCUUGCAGAUGAAGAAGAGGCCGGCAUCUGCAGUCGGAUACAAACGACCAAUCAGCCAGUACGCCAGGGUUGCCAUAGCGAUGGGACCUCACUCCAGAUACAGGGCUGAGAACAUCAUGUUUCUGGAGCUGGACAUGACUCCUCCGAACACCGCCUCUCUGGACCGAUCCACAGACUCUGAGCCGAACCAAAGCCCCUCUCUGGACGGAUCGCCCACCAAGGAGGGCGGCGUCCGCAAGUCCCGCUCCUGGUGCCAGACUCCAAAAUCCAUCACUUCCUCUUCUUCUAAUGUCUCCUUGGCGGCGUGUCACACUGCCACACCGAUGACGGCGCAGUAAAGCUUUAGUGGAGAGGAUUUAUUUUAUUGUUAUUUAUUCAAUUCCUCCACUUCUUCUUUCUUCUUUUUCUCUAUAAAAUGUUGGCCAGUGAUCCUUUAAAAGACUUCUGGGACACACCUGAGGGGUGAUAAACUAAAUUACAUGUAAGGAUACGUUAAAAAGGAGGCGAUAAACUACAGGACAAGAAACUAAAUGACCUAAUGAACUUCAGAAACUCUUUAAAACGUCACUUCCUGCUGUUCUACGGAUGUAAAGACCCACCAAAACCUCUCUUCCUUUGCAUGUUCGAGCAUGUUCGAGCCUCGGAUCAUCCUUUAAAACAGCUCAGUGUGUGUGUGUGUGUGUGUGUGUGUGUGCGUGCGUGCGUGUGUGUGUGUGUGUACAGGGCUGUAUGAUUGCCAGUGUGUGUGUGUGCUUUAACUGUAUACUGAUCUGAGGGCUCACAAACUGCUUGAAUCGCCUGUAAGAUAUAAGUGUAAAUAUUUCAUGUAUUUGGGGGGGGGGGGGGGGGGUUCGGGGCAGGCUUCGUCUGUUUUCUGUGUAAAAGUGGGGACAGUUGGAUAAGAAAUGGAAGAAGAAAAGUAGAAAAUAUUGGUGUGAUGUGUGUAUUUGUUGGUCCGAUGAGCUGCUGCGAUGACCGUUAACACAGCUUCUCUCAUUAUUCCUCUGUGUGUCCUCCACUCUCUGAUCUUAAAAACAAAGCCUUAAAAUAAUGAUUACAAUUGAAUAAUGUGAGGUUGUCACACUCUAAAAAAACACUUGACUUGGAUUUGUAUUCAUAAAAGUCCAUCAGGUAAAAUGUGUACCUCUUUAAGAUCAGUUAAGUAAGUCAAUAACCACAGUAACAUCACUAAGGUACUAAUCGAGCCUAAAAUCACAGGAACGGUAGUUUGAUGAAGACAAAGUGUUAACUGACGGGCAAUUUACUAGCUUUUUUUCACGUUUUAGAGUCUUAAUCAUGUGAUCAUCUGAUAUCAGUCAACUAAACUUGUAUAAUGAUAAUGAAGAUGGAGAUAUGUAAAUGUUGAUGUUGGGCCUCCAGUGCAGCGGGUAUUGAGUUUGUUAGACCGCAGUCUGCAGGCAGGUGUGUACAGUUUAGUGUCAUUGGGUUCUUUACUGGAGGUUAAGAGCAGCAGACAGUGGGGGGGCGAGGCGGACUAAUCAUCACUGUUUUAUUCAUGCCACAGAUCCAGUAUCAGCUGAACCCCCUGAGAGCACAGAGCAGCCCUUUAAGAGUGUAUAUAAACAACAUUUAUUAUCAAUGCUGCUGAUUUGUCUUGUUUUUUAAGCAUUCAUUUUACAGUAUGUUAUACUUGGCAUCGUCCCUCUUUGUGUGCACAAUGUUUCAUGACCCAAACGUAUAUGAUAUGAUUGAUAACAGCUAAUAAUGUGUCAGAAAUCUGCAGAUAUGUCAGUGUUGGAGUAUUUUAAAGGUACACAACAUUUACUACAAAUUGUUGUUGCAGUAAAAUAUGUUUAUCACACGUUCCCAGAGCACAAUGUGACUUAUUUUGUUUGACCAUGGGGUUCAAAACCCAAAUAAUUUGAUAUAAAAUAGAACAUUUUCAUAUAUGAGAAGCUAGAGCCAGAACCUCUUUGACCUUUUGGCUUAAAAUAUUGUUUCUGAAGAGGGUUUAUUGACACUUUCUCUCAUCAUACACAGUUAAAAUGACCAAAUAUAAACACAAUUAGGGCGUAUAGGGGUUAGAUUUGGUUUUCAGUGGAUUUUAAAUCUGUGUUAACCUGCUUCCCUCACUGUCUCAAACAUGUAUGGAUGCACACUGAGGAUUGUGUGUUUAGUCAUUGGUUACUGGGCACAUCUUUGACCCAGUUUGUUAGUUAAAAAAAAGAAAAUGCUCUGAGGCUCCAUGGAAAUAUGUAUAAUACAUGCAACUGUAAUGAAGUGAAAGAUUCAACACAAAUUGAAGAUAUAUUGUAGAAUUAAUUGGAUUUGGAAGCAUUAUGAGGGCCACGUUUACAUUAGGUUCUCUUCAGAAAAGGGACUAAAACGAUGGUAUCCAAUGUAACAUGUGAUACAUUGUUGUUACUGAAAAUGGCUCCUUUUAAAUAUAUAUCUGCUGUGUUUAUUUCCCCUGUGUAUAAUGCAACAGUCUGCCUCAAAAUAUCCAUGAAAUAUGAUCUAAAUUAUAGAGGAAGACAGUGAAACAAGGAUGAAUGUAAUUCGGUUGAAUGAUUAAGAAAACAAACAGCUAUUUUCCAGUCUGUGUUGGUGUUGCCUCAAAUAUUUGCUAAUUUAUAAAGAUUUUGCCAUAUUAGUCUGUAAAAUCAUUCAUGUACAUUUCCUGUGUGUGUGUGUGUGUGUGUGUGUGUGUGUGUGUGUGUGUGUGUGUGUGUGUGUGUGUGUGUGUGUGUGUGUGUGUGUGUGUGUGUGUGUGACGCUAUGGGGGAGGAUGUCCGCAGGGAUCCGAAUACAAUCAGGAAGUGACUGUGGAGGAGGUGGAUACGGAGCCUGUUUCCAUGGUAACCUGCCAGUGUAAAAUGUUGCGAUGGAUGGGGGGAGGGGGCUGUAUCUAUAUGUAUGUAUAACAUGGUGACGAAAAAAGAAAGAAAAUCAAAUAAAGAUGUUGUCACAGGC